AUGAUCUUCGGCAAGAAGCUCAUCAGCCUCGACGUCAUCGGCUACCUCAACAUCUACCGCUACGAUCCCAGGGAGCUUCCCAGAUUGGCGAAGACAGAUGGAGAAAGAGAGUGGUACUUCUACGUGCCGAGGGACAGGAAGCACGGGGGAAGCAACGGGCGGCCGAACCGGACGACGGAGAAAGGGUUCUGGAAGGAGACCAGGUCGGACCAGAAGAUAUGGCGGCUGUCGGAGCCCGAGAGGCAGAUUGGGCUGAGGAAGACUCUGGUUUUCUACCAAGGGAGAGCUCCGAGAGGGACAAAGACCGAUUGGGUCAUGAAUGAGUACCGCCUCCCUGACUCUUCCUCUCUUCCCUGA